CGUAUUUUGAACAAGAAAGCAAAAAAAUACUAAUCCAACCGUACCCAAUUCAUCUUUGUAGUUAUGCAAGGGGCCAAAACAAGCUCUAUCGAUGAAGGCCAGAAUAUCAAACAGAGGGAGGAAAGCUCGGUUAAAUGUGAGAUCAAGUCGGAAACAAGCGUUCGCGAAGUUCUAUCAGUCAAAGAAAGCGAUCGUCUAGUAGGCCCCCAGUUUAAGAAGAAACGUUAUUUCGUGAAAGAAUUACACAAAGAACAGAAACCGCCGAAAAAGCCGAAGCUCAGAUGUGGCUGCCUGAUUUGUAUUGCUUUCAUAAUAGCAUUCAAGGGAUUGAGAAAAUUUUUAUUAGGAAUGCGUACGGACAUGUCAAAAAUGGAUUUUCUCAAUCCGGCAUUUUCUACAAAGCUGAUUUGAUACUGUCCGAUUCUGUAUUACAAAAUUAGAAAAUAUAAAUUG